GGGACCGUAGUACUCGUUGUACUUCAGAGGCAGCAACAUGCCUAGCCCAGCAAGCAAAGCAAAUAAAUUAGAGCGAGAAAUAUUGUGAGGUGGUAUUGAGUGCUUUUAAUUAUAAUAUAAAGAAACUUGUACCAAUCACUCAUUUUAUAAUUGCACUUCAGCGCGGUCGUUUGCACCGAUGGGGACUUCCAAUUGGAAUAAGCUCCUGCUUCUAUUUUGGAAGAACUGGACUAUUCAGAAGCGACACUAUGUUCAAACUAUUUUCGAAAUACUCAUACCGGCAUUGUCGUGCGCGGUACUAAUCCUAAUCCGUGGUCUGGUCGAUCCGGUGGUGUACCGAGAACCAACCGUGUGGAAUGCUCUGCCAACCGAUAGCAUAGAACAUAUACUCCCCGAAUAUAACCCUGGAAUAGACCCACCUAUAAGCUAUGUUUUAGCGUAUUCACCUGAAUGCCCAUUGGUAACAAGAUUGGUUGCCAAUGCGGCGCAGCAGAUACGAGAGCCACUGGAUAUCGAACCUUUCGAGAAUGCAUUUCAAAUGGAAAACUUCCUGCGCAACAACAACACGUUGGUGGGAAUAGAAUUUCCGGACAAUUAUCGGACGCUCAACGUUCUUCCCGAAAAGGUGUCCUAUUCACUGCGAUUCCCGGCAGAAAUGCGAACAUUCCAGGAUCAAUUCUCAGCACUCUGGGCUAAUUGGUACACAGAGCUGAUGUUUCCACAGUUUCAAAUUGCCGGAGCAAAAGAUCCUGACAGAGAUGACGGAGGCUAUCCAGCAAAUUAUUUCAACGAAUCAUUCAUUGCUGUUCAAAGUGCUGUAGAUCGAGCCAUUUUACUGGAACGAGAUCCUAGCAUUGAAUUUACCACAGUUUUCUUGCGGAGAUUCCCCUAUCCGCCAUAUUAUCAGGAUGCUCUACUAGCGGGCUUGGAAAACUUACUGCCAUUGAUAAUUGUAAUUGCAUUUUUCUACACUGCCAUCAACACAGUGAAAUAUAUUACAGUCGAAAAAGAACGACAGCUCAAGGAAACGAUGAAGAUCAUGGGAUUAUCGAGUUGGCUGCACUGGAGUGCAUGGUUUGUGAAAUGCAUCCUAUUGCUUAUGGUUUCUAUUUCCUUGAUCACUGCGUUACUUUGCGCAAAUCUGACUACAAACAGCGAGCUUGCAGUGUUCGAAUAUUCCGACUGGAGUGCUGUUUGGAUAUACUUGUUUGUAUUUAGCAUAACGUCCAUUUGCUAUUGUUUCAUGAUGAGUACCAUGUUUUCAAAAGCAAAUAUCGCGGCUGGCCUUUCCGGACUGAUCUGGUUCAUUAUGAUUGUGCCUUAUAACAUAGUGUUUGCCAACUACGAUUCCAUCGCAUUACCCGCCAAGCUGGCACUAUGCCUGUUCUCAAACUCAGCCAUGUCGUUCGGCUUUAUGCUGAUGAUGAGACAUGAGGGCACUUCUAGCGGUCUACAGUGGUCGAACCUAUUUGAGCCAGUGACCGUCGACGAUGAUCUUAGUGUUGGUUACACUAUGGUUAUGCUGCUGGUAGAUGCUUUGCUAUAUCUAUUGGUAGCAUUGUACAUCGAAAAGGUGUUUCCUGGUGAGUUUGGUGUCGGAGAACCGUGGUAUUUCCUUUUCACGAAGAAGUUUUGGGCGGGAAAGGCGAUAUCUUCACAUCCUAUCAGUACUUCUUGCGUAACCGAUGAUGACGCAUUGGAACCGGAACCGGUGGAUAAAAUAGCAGGAAUACAGAUACGGAAUCUUCGCAAAGAGUAUGAUAAGAAAAAAAUCGCUGUCAGUGGACUGAGUUUAAACAUGUUCGAAGAUCAAAUAACGGUAUUGCUGGGACACAACGGAGCUGGAAAAACAACGACCAUGUCUAUGCUGACAGGAAUAUUCGCUCCUACCUCUGGUACGGCCAUUAUCAAUGGAUACGAUAUUACAACUGAUCUGGAUUCUGUUAGAGGAUCCCUUGGAUUGUGUCCGCAACAUAAUGUACUUUUCGAUGAAUUAACCGUUUCGGAACACAUUGAGUUUUUUGCUCGAUUAAAAGGUGUCCCAAAGGAAAGAAUUAAGACCGAGAUCGACCAUUACGUGAAGAUCCUGGAAUUGGAUGACAAAAUAAACUCCCAGUCUCACACGCUCUCUGGUGGCAUGAAGCGUAAAGUGUCUGUCGGAAUUGCCCUAUGUGGUGGGUCCAAAGUAGUGCUAUGUGAUGAGCCUACUUCCGGUAUGGAUCCUUCCGCCCGGCGAGCUUUGUGGGAUUUACUCAUUGCAGAGAAGAAAGGUCGUACGAUUUUGCUUUCAACACAUUUUAUGGACGAAGCAGAUAUUCUAGGCGAUCGAAUAGCAAUUAUGGCUGUGGGCGAACUGAAAGCAGUGGGAUCGUCUUUUUUCCUCAAAAAGCGUUUUGGAGUAGGAUAUAGGUUGGUGUGCGUUAAAGAUGAAGUAUGUAACGUUGGAAAUUUGGAGACGCUGCUAAAGAAGUACAUUCCAGACAUUGAAUGUGACACUGAUAUAGGAACGGAGUUGUCAUUUGUGCUAAAUGAAAAUUAUACUUCGAUUUUCCAACAUAUGCUACGAGAUCUUGAGGAUAAUGCAGAGAGGCUAGAUGUUAAAAACUACGGUAUAUCACUUACAACGUUGGAAGAAGUAUUCUUAAAAGUGGGUAGUGAUUCGUACGCACUAGAUAAAAAACAAAUCACUAACGGACGAUACGAGACCGCUCCUGAGCCAAAUAUGGCAUCAACAGUAAGACUACACGAGGAGAAUAAAUCUCUUUUGAAUGGAAGCAGGCUCAUGAUCAACCAAGUUCGUUCAAUGUUUUUGAAGAAAAUGAUCUCCACAAAGCGAAGUUGGGUGCAACAGCUGGUUCAGGCGCUGAUUCCAAUUUAUUUCAUGGUUGUUACCGUUGUGAUCGUACGAGCCUUCCCAGGACUCAACAAUCUUCCUCCGUUGCCAAUUUCUGUGUACAACUAUUCAUCGACCACGACUGUGCUGGGAAUCAAAGGCGAGAUUGACGAUGUCGUUGAAGGAUACGAAAAACUGUUCCAGGGUUAUCCUUCAAACCAUCAGUUGCAGAAAACCGAUGAAGAUAUGGUAGAUCGUAUACUGAGCUUAUCGAAUGCCAACAUUGGACUAGUGAAUCGAGAGUACAUGACAGCAGCGACUUUAGGUGGUUCUAAUCAUACAGUAUGGUUUAACCCACGGGGAUUCCACACGGCUCCGCUUGGAAUAGAUUUGCUUUACAACGCUUUGCUGAAAACAAUAUGCACUACAUGUGACAUAACAACUGUGAACAAACCUCUUCCGUAUCGACCAAACACAAGGUUCACUAUGCUGCAAGCUGGUAACAAUCUCGGAUUUCAGCUUUCGUUCAACACAGGAUUCGCCAUGUCCUUCAUAGCUGCCCUGUACAUUAUGUUCUACAUCAAGGAACGAACGUCACGGGCGAAGUUGCUUCAAUUCGUUAGUGGCGUUAACGUACUCACAUUCUGGAUUGUGUCCUUCGUUUGGGACUACUUCACGUUUAUGAUAACGGCUCUGAUUUAUAUUGCCACGCUGGCGGCCUUCCAGGAAGAAGGCUGGUCUACUGGAGAAGAACUUGGGCGUGUACUUCUGAUCGUUUGCGUAUUUGGACUCGCUUUCUUGCCCAUAACGUACCUGUUCUCUUUUUGGUUUGAGGUACCGUCGACUGGUUUCGUGAAAAUGAUGUUGAUGAAUUUAUUUAGCGGAUCAAUUUUCUUCACCGCAGUAUUUUUGCUCAAGUUUGAAACAUUUGAUUUGGAAGAUGUCGCGAAUAUCUUGGAAUGGAUUUUCAUGAUAUUUCCCCUAUUUUCGCUAAGUCAGGGCUUGAGCAACGUUAAUAUGCAGGUCACAACAAAACUAAUAUGCAAUCAGCAAUGUGCAGCAAUUCCUUUCUGUACAGAAAGUUUAAUUUGCCAACAGUUUCCAACCUGUUGUGACACGGAUAUAUUCACGUGGAAUACAAAGGGCGUUAACAGACAACUUGCCUACAUGAUAGCUGUUGGCUUUAUUGCAUUCGUUGCGUUGAUUGCGGUUGAGCUUCGUGUGUUCCAAAGAAUUUGGAACCGAAGAUACCAUAAAGAUAGGAAAAUACUGCCUAAUGCUGAAAUUACAGAAAUGGAUAAUGAUGUUUACAACGAGAAGCAAAGAGUAUCUAGGAUGUCAAAAAGAGAAAUACUAGACACUAACUUGGUGGUACAAGACUUAACAAAGUACUAUAAACGAUUCUUGGCUGUCAACCAGCUAAGCGUAUCAGUAGAUACUUCAGAUUGUUUUGGACUUUUGGGUGUAAAUGGUGCAGGAAAGACGUCCACCUUCAAGAUGCUGACAGGCGAUGAGAGCAUAUCUUCUGGUCAAGCAUGGGUCAAAGGAAUCAAUUUGAAAAGCAAUAUGAAUGAGGUCCAUAAGCACAUCGGAUACUGUCCUCAGUUUGACGCAGUUUUGGAGGACUUGACAGGUCGCGAAACGAUGAAGAUAUUUGCAUUGAUCAGGGGAAUUCCCGAUGAAAGUAUAAAAUAUGCAUCAGAAAAAUUAGCAAUGGAGUUAAACUUCAUGCAGCACAUAGAUAAGCGGAUCAAAGAAUACAGCGGUGGAAACAAGCGAAAGUUAAGCACGGCGCUAGCAUUGCUUGCCAAUCCCACAGUCGUUUAUCUGGACGAGCCUACGACCGGCAUGGAUCCAGGCGCAAAACGUCAGCUGUGGAAUGUUAUACUGAAUGUGAAAAAGUCGGGGAAAUCUAUAGUCUUAACGUCUCACAGUAUGGAAGAAUGUGAAGCACUAUGCACACGCCUGGCAAUCAUGGUGAAUGGAGAAUUCAAAUGCAUUGGAUCAACGCAGCACUUGAAAAACAAAUUCUCAAAAGGAUACUUCCUUACCGUCAAAAUUAAGAAGAGCGCACUACAGGUGAAUAAUACUCACGGACGGCAAGCAGUGAAAACAUAUAUUAUGGAUCAUUUUGAAGGAGCAAUGCUGAGAGAAGAGCAUCAGGAUUCGCUCACUUUCCACAUUGCCCAAUCCAGCAUGAAAUGGUCAACAAUGUUUGGGCUGAUGGAAACUGCAAAACAAAUGCUGGAAAUCGAAGACUACGCUCUUGGACAAACGUCGUUGGAGCAAGUGUUCCUGUUUUUCACAAAGUACCAACGAUUAACAGACGAUAACUAAGGUCAAUCAACUUCCAGAGAGUCGAACCAGAGCGAAUAAUAUAACCGCUAUUAAUACACUCGUUCCCAUAUCAGUUCUGCUAAAGUACAAUUACAGUGUUGCUCAUUAUUCUAAUUCUUAAUUAGACGACUUGAGCACGUAGGAUAACAAAAAAGGCCGAAUAAACCAAAAACGUGGUAAUAGGA